AUGGCUGCUUCCGAUGCCGACGGGCACCUGCAAAGUGUUGGCUGUCGAACUUUGUCCUUGUCUGCACAUGUUGGGUUUGAUAGCUUACCUGACCAACUGAUUAGGAAAUCCAUCAAGCAUGGCUUGUGCUUCAACAUUCUUUGCAUUGGGGAAACUGGAAUUGGGAAGUCAGCCUUGGUGAGCAGUUUGUUUAACACUGAUUUUGAGGACUCUCCAUCAACACAUUUUCUGUCAAGUGUGCGACUUAGAGCCCAGACUUUUGAACUCCAGGAAAGUGAUGUUCUUUUGAAGCUGACAGUUGUAAAAACAGUGGGGUUUGGUGACCAGGUGAACAAAGCAGAUAGCUAUCAGCCAAUAGUGGAUUAUGUAGAUGCACAAUUUGAAGCCUAUCUCGAGGAAGAACUGAAAGUUAUACGUUCUUUAUUUAGCUACCAUGAUACUCGCAUCCAUGUCUGCCUCUAUUUCAUUUCACCUACAGGCCGUUCUCUAAAAACCAUAGAUUUGUUAACUAUGAGAAGCCUAGACAGUAAGGUGAAUAUUAUACCAGUUAUAGGCAAAGCAGACAGCAUUUCUAAAACUGAGCUACAGGAGUUCAAGAAGAAAAUAAUGAGUGAAUUAGCUAGCAACGGCAUCCGAAUAUACCAGUUUCCUACUGAUGAUGAAACCGUUUCUGAGAUUAAUACUAUCACAAAUGGUUAUUUGCCAUUUGCUGUGGUAGGAAGUAUGGAGAAGGUGAAAAUUGGAAACAAAAUGGUGAGAGCUCGUCAAUACCCUUGGGGCAUUGUAAAAGUGGAAAAUGAGAACCACUGUGACACUAUAAAGCUCCGCAGGAUGCUUUGCACAAAUAUGGAAGAUUUAAAGGAGAAGACUCGUGCUUAUUAUGAGUCGUACAGGCGCUGCAGGCUGGAAAAGUUGGGUUGCAGAGACAUUGGCCCUGAGAGAAAACCAGUCAGGUAA